UGGAGCCCGCCUGAGCCACUCCGCGGGCAGCUGCUGCUGCGGCACAACAUGGAGGCGGCGGUGCCGCCGCGGCUGCUGCUGCUCCUGUUCCUGCUCUGCGCCUUGGUGCUUCGGUGCAACUUAGGCUCCGUCGGGGCUUCUCCCCUCUUGCUUUUUGCUAACCGACGAGAUGUCAGACUGGUGGAUGCUGGAGGAGUGAAGAUGGAGUCAACGAUCGUUGUCAGUGGCUUAGAGGAUGCUGCUGCAGUUGACUUCCUGUACUCGCAAGGUGUUAUUUACUGGACAGAUGUGAGCGAAGAAGCCAUCAAACAGACUUAUUUCAAUCAAACUGGGAAUCUGGUGCAGAAUGUCAUAGUUUCAGGUCUGGUUUCACCAGAUGGCCUGGCAUGUGACUGGAUUGGGAAAAAACUGUACUGGACAGACUCUGAAACGAAUAGGAUAGAAGUCGCUAAUCUCAAUGGAACAUCUAGGAAAGUUCUCUUUUGGCAAGACCUUGACCAGCCAAGAGCAAUAGCCCUGGAUCCAGCUCAUGGAUACAUGUAUUGGACAGACUGGGGGGAGACACCAAGAAUAGAGCGUGCUGGAAUGGACAGCAGUGUUCGGAAAAUAAUUGUGGAUUCUGAUAUUUAUUGGCCUAAUGGACUCACCAUAGAUCUGGAGGAACAAAAGCUUUAUUGGGCUGAUGCAAAGCUGAGUUUCAUUCACAGAGCAAAUCUGGAUGGCUCUUUCAGGCAAAAGGUUGUGGAAGGUAGUCUCACUCAUCCAUUUGCCCUGACGUUGGCUGGAGAUACCCUGUACUGGACUGACUGGCAGACGCGCUCCAUUCAUGCCUGCAACAAAAGGACGGGAGAGAAAAGGAGAGAAAUACUAAGUUCACUGUACUCGCCAAUGGACAUCCAGGUUUUGAGCCCUGAAAGGCAGCCGUAUUUUCAUACACCCUGUGAGGAUAAUAAUGGUGGCUGCUCCCAUUUGUGCCUAUUGUCGCCAAGAGAUCCAUUUUACAGCUGUAACUGUCCCACUGGAGUCCAACUUCAAGAAGACGGCAAGACCUGCAAAGCAGGUGCUGAAGAAGUACUCUUGCUUGCUAGAAGAACAGAUUUGAGAAGAAUUUCGUUGGACAUGCCAGACUUCACUGACAUUAUUCUGCAAAUAGACAAUAUCAGGCAUGCUAUCGCAAUAGACUAUGAUCCUGUGGAGGGUUACAUAUACUGGACUGAUGAUGACGUUAGAGCAAUUCGUCGGGCUUUCCUUGAUGGGUCUGGAGCCCAGACCCUUGUGACAACAGAAGUCAAUCAUCCUGAUGGUAUAGCAGUGGACUGGGUGGCUAGAAACUUGUACUGGACAGACACUGGAACAGAUCGCAUUGAAGUGACUCGGUUGAAUGGGACAUCAAGAAAAAUUCUUAUAUCAGAAAACCUAGAUGAACCACGGGCAAUAGUACUUAAUCCUGUGAUGGGCUACAUGUAUUGGACAGACUGGGGUGAAAAUCCAAAGAUUGAGUGUGCUUAUUUGGAUGGAUCAGAAAGGAAAGUCCUGGUGAACACCUCACUAGGGUGGCCUAAUGGUUUGGCAUUGGACCUUGAAGAAGGCAAACUUUAUUGGGGAGAUGCAAAGACUGACAAAAUUGAGGUAAUAAAUAUGGAUGGGACUAUGAGGAAAACUCUUAUAGAAGAUAAACUUCCACAUAUAUUUGGAUUUACUUUGCUGGGUGACUACAUCUACUGGACAGACUGGCAAAGGCGAAGCAUUGAAAGAGUUCACAAAGUAAGGGCAAGCAGAGACAUCAUCAUUGAUCAGUUGCCUGACCUGAUGGGCCUUAAAGCAGCAAGUGUUACCAAAGCUGUUGGAACGAAUCCUUGUGCUGAGAAUAAUGGAGGCUGCAGCCACUUGUGCUUCUUCACACCUCAGGAAUGCAGAUGUGCCUGUCCCAUCGGAUUGGAGUUACUUAGUGAUAUGAAGACCUGCAUCAUUCCAGAAGCCUUCCUUGUCUUCACCAGCAGGGCAGCCAUUCACAGGAUUUCUCUUGAAACAAACAAUAAUGAUGUAGCUAUUCCACUUACUGGUGUAAAAGAAGCUUCUGCACUCGAUUUUGAUGUGUCUGACAACAGAAUCUAUUGGACAGAUAUUAGUUUAAAGACAAUAAGCCGGGCUUUCAUGAAUGGAAGUACAGUUGAGCACGUGAUUGAGUUUGGGCUGGAUUACCCUGAAGGAAUGGCUGUGGACUGGAUGGGGAAAAACCUUUAUUGGGCAGAUACUGGAACCAAUAGAAUUGAAGUGGCACGCCUCGAUGGGCUAUACCGGCAAGUUCUUGUGUGGAAGGAUUUGGACAACCCAAGGUCUUUAGCUCUUGACCCAUCUAAAGGGUACAUGUACUGGACAGAGUGGGGAGGCAAACCAAAGAUAGUUCGGGCAUACAUGGAUGGGACAAACAGCAUCACUUUAGUGGAUAAAGUGGGACGUGCCAACGAUCUUACUAUUGAUUAUGAAGAUCAAAGACUCUAUUGGACUGACCUGGACACAAGCAUGAUUGAGUCUUCAGAUAUGCUAGGGCAAGAGAGGGUAACAAUAGCAGAUGAUCUUCCUCAUCCCUUUGGGUUAACUCAGUACAGUGACUUCAUCUACUGGACAGAUUGGAACCUUCACAGUAUAGAAAGAGCUGACAAGACAAAUGGGAGAAACCGGACACUAAUUCAAGAACGUCUGGAUUAUGUGAUGGAUAUAUUGGUUUUCCAUUCAUCAAGACAGGAUGGCUUCAAUGAUUGUGUGCAAAAUAAUGGGCACUGUGGGCAGUUGUGCCUGGCCAUACCAAAUGGCUAUAGAUGUGGCUGUGCAUCUCACUACACCUUGGAUCCCAACAGCCGGAAUUGCAGUUCACCAAGCAGCUUCUUACUUUUUAGUCAGAAGUCUGCAAUAAGUCGGAUGAUACCAGAUGACCAGCAGAGUCCAGACAUCAUUCUUCCUAUUCAUGGUCUAAGAAAUGUCAAAGCUAUUGAUUAUGAUCCCUUGGAUAAAUUGAUCUAUUGGGUAGAUGGACGACAAAAUAUUAUUAAAAGAGCCAAAGAUGAUGGCACUCAACCUUUCACAGUCAUGGGUACUCCCAACCAAAGCCAAAAUCCAGAAAAGCAACCACAUGACUUGAGUAUUGAUGUUUUCAGCCACACUUUGUACUGGACCUGUGAAGCUACAAAUACAGUCAAUGUCCACAGACUUAAUGGGGAGCAGAUUGGGGUUGUGCUACGGGGAGACCAUGACAAGCCAAGGGCCAUAGUAGUAAAUGCUGAGCGUGGGUAUAUGUAUUUCACCAAUAUGCAAGAACGAGCCCCAAAGAUCGAGCGGGCAGCCUUGGAUGGUACAGAACGAGAGGUGCUCUUCACUACUGGCUUGCUCCGGCCUGUCGCGCUAGUGAUUGACAACAAGCUUGGGAAGCUGUUUUGGGUGGAUGCAGAUCUCAAACGAAUUGAAAGCUGUGACUUAUCAGGAGCUAACCGUGUGACAUUACAAGAUUCCAACAUUCUUCAGCCAAUGGGUCUGACAGUGUUGGGAAAUCAUCUGUAUUGGAUUGACCGCCAGCAGCAGAUGAUCGAAAGAGUCGAGAAAAUUAAUGGAUACAAGAGGACUAGAAUACAAGGUCGAAUUGUUCAUCUAACAGGCAUCCAUGCAGUUGAAGACAUCGACAUGGAGGAAUUCUCUGCCCACCCAUGUUCCCGGGACAAUGGUGGAUGUUCACACAUCUGUAUAGCGAAAGGAGAUGGAACUCCAAGGUGCUCAUGCCCAGUUCAUUUGGUCCUUCUGCAGAACCUUUUAACAUGUGGAGAACCUCCAACAUGUUCUCCAGACCAGUUCACGUGUGCAACCGGUGAGAUAGACUGCAUCCCUAUGGCAUGGCGAUGCGAUGGAUUCUCUGAGUGCGAUGAUCAGAGUGAUGAGGAUAGCUGUCCAAUCUGCUUAGGAACCCAGUUUCAGUGUGAAAAGGGGCAGUGUAUCGAUGCAAGUUUGAGAUGUAAUGGGGAAAUUGAUUGUCAGGAUAAAUCUGAUGAAGCUGAUUGUGAAGCAAUUUGUCUCCAAAAUCAGUUUCGAUGUGCCAGUGGCCAAUGUAUCCUCAAAAAACAACAAUGUGACUCUUUUCCGGACUGCAUUGAUGGCUCUGAUGAACUUUCAUGCGGAAAAAUUAAAUCCUCUUCAGAUGAGUCCCAGCCCCACAGUAGUGCUAUUGGGCCUGUCAUUGGUAUAAUCCUUUCCCUUUUUGUCAUGGGAGGAAUGUAUUUUGUUUGCCAGCGGGUGGUAUGUCAACGUUAUGCUGGGCCUAACGGUCCUUUUCCACAUGAAUACGUCAGCGGUACGCCUCAUGUCCCCUUAAAUUUUAUUGCUCCAGGGAGUUCUCAGCAUGGCACUUUUACUGGCAUCUCUUGUGGAAAAUCUAUGAUCAGCUCCAUGAGCCUGAUGGGAGGAAGUAGUGGGGCCCCUCUUUAUGACAGAAACCAUGUGACUGGGGCCUCCUCUAGUAGCUCAUCUAGUACAAAAGCCACUUUCUAUCCACAGAUUUUGAAUCCACCACCUUCACCAGCCACUGAUCGCUCCCUCUAUAACACAGAAAUAUUCUAUUCCUCAAACAUUCCUUCAACAACAAGAUCUUACAGGCCUUAUCUUAUAAGGGGGAUUGCUCCACCAACUACUCCUUGCAGCACUGAUGUAUGUGACAGUGACUACACUACAAGCCGGUGGAAAGCCAAUAAAUACUACAUAGAUUUAAAUUCAGACUCAGACCCCUACCCACCUCCUCCCACUCCCCGCAGCCAGUACAUGUCAGCAGAAGAGAGUUGUCCACCCUCUCCAGCCACAGAGCGAAGUUAUUUUCACCUCUAUCCCCCUCCCCCGUCUCCUUGUACAGACUCUUCAUGAUUUCAGCUGAAGGAACUUGUCUUUUUUCUUCUUCUGUAAAUAUAUUUUAAAUAUGAACAAAGAUUUUUUAAAUAUAUAUUUUAUGAUCUAAAAUGGGGUGGGGACUUAAAAAAAUGUGAAUAAAAAUGGGUGGGCCAGGGCUGUGAAAACUGUACAGCGAAAGAAUAUUUAUAAGUUGUGGUUUUUUUUAACUUAAUAUCCAUUCUUUUGUGCCAUAUUUUGCCUUUGCAUCGAAGUCACAAAAUUUAAAUUGACCUCCAAAGGAGGUGGGAAGCGGGGAAUAUAUACUUGGAGCUUUUUGAAAUCACCAUUUUGAUUCCGUAAUGGGGAAUGUGCUGAGUUUAUUUUGUUUUGUUUGUUUGUUUUUUAAAUAACAAAAGGGGGCGUAAGAAAUACUGUGUGGAUGAAUGGCAAUGUUGUUUGAAUACACGCACAGGAAAUUAGAUUUUUUUAAAAAAAGAAAUUGUUUUAAAGGAUACUUGAUCAUAGGUAAUUAACCACAAAAAUGCAUUUUCUUUUGGAAUGCUGAAUGCAAAAAAUCUCCUGUUUUCAUUCCAUCAUCAUUCACUUUCCAGGGGAAUCUGUGCAUGAGGAAAUGUGGAAUUCUGAAACUUGCACUCACUUCAUUAUUCACCACAAACUACUGUCACUGUGAUGAAAUAAGCACGCAGGUCCACUGGGCACCUGUCAAAGUUCUGACAGCCUUAAAGUAAUAUUUAACUGGGAAAGCACAUGAAACUUCAUCGUUCUGUAGAAGUCAUGCAUUCAGCUUAGCAGUUGUCAGGAAACAUGUAGCCAUGGAACCAACGGUAGAAAUAGAAAUGAAUAAUCCGAUGAGAGAGACCACUAUCAGCUGUCUUGCUUUUCUGAAAGAUCACAAUAUUCCAGAGAUGUACAGCCUGUGAGGCAUCUUCUUCUCUCUCUCUCUCUCUCCCACCCACCCCCCCAUCCCUGCUUUUUUGGGCCCAAGCAAUCUCUAUGUGAAGAUUCCAAGUUUAUAUUUUUCUUUGCAAAAAUUGGGACAGCCACAUUUAGUUGCUUAAAAUAUUUUGAUUAAAAAUGUGUCAUCAAGUCACUGAGCAGCAGAUGUAUGUAAUUACUUACAAAUCAAUGGGGAGCAGAUACCGUCUUAAAAUAGGCAUUCCUCCUUCUCUCACACAUGCACAUAGAAGGGAGUGCCUGUUCUAAGUUAGGGCUUCUUAUCAAGUCAGAGAAAAUGCUUUUUUUCCCCUUCAGAAGUAUUGUUGUCUUCAUAUGGAGAUUUAAUUGAUUGAUAAGUUGAAAUACAUAUGCUUAAUUGACUAAGAUUUCUUUAAGUGUAUGAUAGCCUUGGCAAAAGUGUUUCUGGUGCUCAGGUUUGGAUUCCAGUGCAGAUUUUCAAAGUGUGCUAUCUAAAAACUGGAAAGACUUGAUAGCAAAUUUUGAACUCAGGUUGUUUUAGAGGUUUGACUUAUUUUCAUCCCUUGGAGAAGAAGACGUCUGCAUUACUCCAGUUAUUAGGGACCAAAUUACAUUAGAUCAGCCUUCCUCAACCUAGAUGUUUUAGAUUACAACUCCCAGCAUGCCCCACCAAGGCUCCAGGUUAGGGAAGACUGCUUUAGAUUAAGCAGCGUUAGAGGGGAGUCUUGUAGGCUACCAAGUCCAACCCUGUGCUUGCUGCAGGACAUCCAGAGCUAGAGCAUUUACAGCCAGAUGAUUAUCUAGCCCAACCAGCCACCUCCAUUUAAUUGGUUCCAUUGUCAAAGGGCUCUUACUAGUAAGAAAUUUCUCCUAAUGUACAAUUGGAGAUUUACCCUCCAGUAACUUAAACCUAUUAGAUUUGGUCUUACCCUCUGGGGCAUUCUUUGUCCUUUUGGAGAUGAUAAUGCUAGAUCUCCUUUCAAAUAACUUUUCUGCAAUCAACUGAGGACCCUAAAAUUUGGGGGCAGCCUAUUCUAGGCCCAUAUAACAUUAAGCCACCAUUAAUCCUGCUCUGCCUGUGGUACUAGUGCAAUGUCCCUGCAGUACUGGCAUAGCACUGUGUUCUGAAGUGAAGUUCUAGCAUAGCUGUUAAUAUCAUCCUAAUGCUGGCACACCGGAUUUUAAGCUCUGUUUUUUUUAUGAGUUUUUACUCUCUCAACACCAGGCUGCUGCUGAUUGGGUCAGAGAACUCCAUAUCCAACCUGAAUCCGAGCUCCAUACCUCUUGAUGCACAUGUGGAACUUUUUGCUUGGAUGGGUUCUUCUAAUCACUUUGUAUAUUUAGAGCUAUUCUCUCUUUGGAACUGAAUGUGAAAGCCUGUUCAUAUACGUUGGCUCUCCCCCAACAUGCAAAAAGAGAGUACUGGGUCAAGGCAGGUCUGUACUUGUACUUGAAGAUGCUAGUUCUCAUAGUGGGCUGGCAGGAAAGAGAGCAACGCUUCUUACCUACCUGUAUGUUUGCUUUUGCACAUUCAGUCUGAUUGGAUUGCACAGCAUGCUUUGAACCUGAGUAUUGCAAAAGCUACAAUAUAAACAAACAAACAAUGACAUAUGAUUGGAAAGGGGGUGGGAGAGAGAACAAAAAUUACAAUCUGUUUUCACAGCUGCAGAACAGCAGGUGCAGCAAGCUUUUGACAACCUUAAAACCACUGACAAGGAUGAAAAAUGUUCCUUUUUGAACUCGUAGCUGGAUUUUUAGCAAAUAUUUUUGGCAGAGCCUGAUGUGAAACUCCUUCAAACUCUGGCCAGUAUUUCCUAUCAUACUGACAGGGUGAAGUUUCACUCCUUCCAUUUCUUGCCACUCCAUUCCUUACAUCGGUCUGUUCAUCCUGACUGUUUCAACCUUAUACUGUAAUUCCAGAGAAGGGAGCUGCUGCUUAGACCUGUGUAUGGGGUGAGGUGUGUGGCCAGUCUCUCAAUAUAUCAUUAUUUUACAUUCACAACUUCUGCUUCUCUUAUCAAUAUGGUGGAGAAAGGCCUAUUGUUAUUUGUAAAUGUCAUCUCCAUGCCCAUGAAUACUGCAAACAUAAUGUCCUAUUCCUAUAAACCUCAGGAUGCAAGAGAUGUGUGGUUGUGCUUCUAACACAGACAGUGCUCAAAAUAAUGCAUCUAGUUGGCUCAGGUCAAAGUCAUAAUAGUGUGUUAACGUGUUAAGUAUUCUCAACAAAUCUCUGAUUAAUGUUGUAAACUGAUGGAGUUGGAAGGCAGGAAAGUCUGGUCCUAUUCUACGGUCCCACAUCUAACUCAAUUAUAAGUAAAGCAAGCAUGUAUAUUUUACAGUUAAGUGAUUUUCAUCCAUUUGUUUGACUUUGGCAUAACUCUGUUUAAUUUUUGUGUGGCAUUUGUAAAGAGGUUGCUCCUUUAGCUGUUAACAUUGCAAGCCUUUAUUACAUGUGCACACCAAUUUCCCAUUUUCUUACAAGUGACACUGAACAUUUAAACAAUAGAGGGUUGGAUCCAGGAUCUGCCUUCCAUGGAUGGAAAACCUCCACUCACUAAAACUGCCUCUGCUUGAUACCCCCUCUCCACCCCAUUCAUAAAGUUCUCUUGACCCUCUGUGUAACAUUUUCAGAGGGUUGGAGGGGCCACUGUGGUCAGGAAGUGGUGGGGAAAUACAUUACACUAGCCCAGCUGCACAUACCUAAGUCUGGAUCCAGCCCAGAAUUUUCAGUAGAUUGUUGAACUCCUUUAAAAAAAGAGUGGGGGAAGCUCACAUUAUUGAUGGUGCUCCUCUGCUUUCUCUGAGCAGACAGAAAAUAGCUAUUAGUGCUGUUCAGAAAACAAGAGUUCACAUAAUGCUAUAAUAGGUAGGUUCUAUAGAAGUCAUGCCUCUACUAGUGCAAGAAGUUAUGUAGGCUGUUGCACAAGCAGAACAUAGUCUUUGCAAACAUUUUCACUUUUCUCACACACUGCUCUGGUGCAAGAUGUAAAACAUCCUUGGAUUUAACCCGUAGUCUUUUCAGAAACAAAAGAAAAUUAUACUCUUGUCUUUCUUGACAAAAAAUGCAUUCAUUGAGGACUAUCCUACCGAUUUCAAGGAAAACAUUGAGUGUUUACAGGAUUGUUUAAAAGAUAAAUCUGUUUCCUGAUCAUCCGUAGGUAAUAUUCCCUUCAGUCCAUUUAGACCCAUUUUUAUUGACAUCAAUUCCAACCUUCUACUAUUCUAGGCCUUAAAGCAAAUUCAGUAUUGAUAACCAACCUGGCAUGCCGUUUUGGAGAGAAAUCAUGGACCUAAAAGAUAGCUUAGUUUACCAAAAGCCUUGUAUCUAAAAGUAGGCUAUUUAAAAAUAAAGCACCUUUAGGCAAGGAGCUGUGUCCUCUGGAGGUCCCCCGUGGUUAACUUCACUUUUCAGUGUGUGUGUGCGUGUGUGUGUGCGUGCAUGUGCGAGUGUGUGUGUGAAGAAAGGUGUAAUGUCAAGCUUAACUUGUAAAAUAAUAUUGGUGAUAAAUACGUUGUAAAUAAUGUAAUUGAAGUAUUUGCAAUUAGAAACUGAACAGUUGUUGAUUUAAUUAAUUAAAUAAUAAUUAAAAAAAGCUUAUUGGCCUGGAACAAAAUGAAGCAAAAUUAGAGUUGCCAGGUUGCAACCCUGAGAUUCCUCCUUUUACCUUUGAACCUACUGCUCAGUUAGGUGACCUGCAGCUUCUACUACUUUUCUGGCCCUGAUACCUGCCUGGCCUACUAUGAAGAAUGCCUAGCAUCCUGCUCAUUACAGUAAUCAGAACAGGAAACGGAGGGCAGAUUACCAGGGCCAGCCCUACCAUUAGGCAGAGUGAAGUAGUUGCCUUAGGCGGCAGAUGCUGGGAAGGGGCAGUAAGGUGUUGAAGGAGAGGCCUGUGUACCAUGCAGCUUGCUCUGCUCCCCCUAACUUAGCCUGGUGCUUUCAGGUGCAGUGGAAGAUGGUGUCCCAUCAUCUGCGCUGAAGACAAGUUCAUCUGCUAAUCCAGUCAGCUUUUGUAUAUAAAAUGGGAGGCUGCACCAUCUUGUUCUUUGGCUCAAGCAGUAAAAUUACUUGGGCUGGCCCUUCAACUGACAGAACCAUGGGGAAAUGGGGUGGGAGAAGCAGCAGCCUCAUCACACCAGUUCAGUGGGAAUGUGAAAGAUAGAAGGGGGAAUCUCUGGAUUGCAACCUGGCAACUCUAAGCAAAACAUCUUAAAGUGGGGGUAAUGCUUUGCCUGUUACACAUGAAAUUCAGAGGGCAUUUUAAACAGAAAUGAAAUCCAGGCUGCUUUCUGUAUUGUAUCUAAAUAUUUUGCAAUUGCUGCUAAUGUAAAAUGUACAUGAAUAUAUACAAAUAUUGCCAAGAAUUGUUAUAAUAGACUCAUGCCAAUCUGUUUUAUAUUUAUAUUGUAAAAUGUAUCCUGCAAACAGCCUAAAUAUUUUAGCUUUAUACUCUUACCCUUUUUAUAGACACAAUUUGUCAUAAACAUUAAAAAAGUGCCUUUGGUAUUUUUAAACAGCCUAGCAUAUUGACUUGGGCAGAUGAUAACAAAGCCUUAAAAAGCAAUAGCCUUUUAUUCAUUGUUCUCCAUUGGUUAAUUUUUUACCAAACACUGUGUGGCAAAAAUAUAUUAAUGUGCUCAAUUCAUUCUAAACAAAGGCAUUCAUGGGAUGGUGCAACUAAGCUUAUUUGUACAUCUUCAAUGCAACAUCACUAAAUAUUGACUUUAGAGAGUUGAUGUGACUUUGAACAAAUCCCUGUGGGGGACUUUUUGCUCAGAAAUGAUACUUUUCCAAGGAAACUUCUAUUCAACCAACACAUCUCCUUUUGAUGGAAUCCUGGUGGUCAUAAUUUUACUGAUUAUGCUAUCAGUUUCAAAAAAUAUGUAAAGCUAAUUUAACGAAGUAACAGUGCAGUUAAAUUAACAUUAACAUUUUCUUCCCAAGGUCUGACAUUUACAGUAGUGCAAAAUGUUUAAUACCAUGAAAUUAAAGCCCUUGUAUCACUAGCAGAAGAGUUAUAAAAACCACUCUUUAUAGUAUGGCAUUCAGUAUAUAAAGAGGACUGAUGAAAAUAUCCUUUUUCCUACCUACCCACACACCACUAGGCAAGGUACAGCCCCUUGCCAGCAACAAAACAGGGCACAACCCAUCCAAAAGUAACUACUUGCAAUUGCCCCAUAUCACCAAUGCUAGAGUUCUGUUUGAAGUUACUGGCUUUGUGUAUACCUGUAAAGUUAACGCUCUUGCAUUUUGUACUAUAGAUUUUGAUUACUGUGUUUUGUAAUUAAAACUUUGGGGAAAAUUG